AUAUUGAGUGCAUUUUUCAUCGUUGUCGAAUUCACUGGUGGUGUUUUGGCUCAUAGCUUGGCAAUAAUGACAGAUGCGGGACAUAUGCUCAGCGAUUUGCUCUCAUUCAUUAUCUCGAUCAUUGCAAUACGACUUGCUCGAUCUCCUGCAAAUUAUCGUUUAUCAUUCGGCUUCGAUCGUGCUGAGGUGUUGGGUGCGAUGGUAUCGAUCGUGAUCAUUUGGAUUCUUACCACAGUGCUUGUCAUGUCCGCUGUACAGAGGAUCGUUAGCGGUGAUCUGGAUGUGGACACAAAUACGAUGAUUGUCACAGCCGGUGCAGGCGUUUGCUUCAAUGUAAUCAUGGGCAUUGUACUGCGAUAUUGCCGCCAUCCACAUUCACAGCAACCAGUGGGACACAGUCAUGUACAGAACCUUUCUAUUUGA